AUGCCUUUACGUUUAAAGGCAGCGGAGACGCGUGUUCUCAUUGCACACUCUUAUUUUGAUAGCAAGGGGAGGCUCCUACAAUGCUUAGUCAUGUUGUUGAUCAGAGCUGACGGCUUCCCUGUAAACACGUUUCCUGAGUGUCACUGCUUCUAGGAAGGCUUUUCCAGAGAAAUACAGCUGCCAAGUCUCAGCCCGGGGGCCACAACUUCUGUUCACGUCACUUCUGGCACGUUGCACAACCUGGUUCACCCACCCUGGCAAUGCAGAGUUGACAACACUUCCACCGCUUGGACAAGUACAUCUCACGCUGCCAUUGGACCUCUAAUGCUCUAGAACUAAUGCAAAUCUGAUCAUCUUUUUUUUUUUUAUUACAACCUUUUUGGGAAUUUUUUUCAAGUUGGUCAGCAAGGCAUGAACUUUAGUGAUAAUGGAAAAUUAUGCGAAAGACGCGCGUUCAAGAGAACGUUUUCUUCCUUUGUUUGACCUGCGUGUUGUAGUGUCUGAAGCCGAGCUUGAGGUCAGAAACGAACCACAACAACUUUCGAACAAACUUCCAAUCCGUGGAACGAGGAGCUGACUGGUGCUUGGAUCUAGUCCUGUUGUACCUGGUGUUUCGUACCUGGUUUGACUUGAAACCUUUCAUCUCGCUUUCCAAGUCGGAUCACACAACGGGGACGGAGUAAUCCUCGGACACAGCGGCCUUGCCCUUCCCUGCUUGUCCUCACUUUCUCUCUUUGUCAAUGAAAGAGAAGGUGGUGAUUGCUGCCAUUUAGAAGUAUUUUGUUGUAAUUUCUGAGAGGGCAUCAUGGUUGUUCUGAAAGGCUGAGUGAAAACACCAACAACAACUGCCCUCUGAUUUGAAGAAAACCUCCAAACAAGCCCUGCUGGAAAGGGUCCGGAGCCCUCCCUUUCCUUCUCCUUUCGUACUGUACAACAUCCCGCGUGCGCAGGGAGGAUGUCGGUUGAUUCAGCGGGUGCCAACUAGAGAGGACGACGACGACGACGAGGGAGAAGGAGGAGCAGGAGCAAGGAGGGGCGACGAUGACGGAGUCCAUGACCGAGUGCAAGGCCCUGGUGACGCCAUCCACCCGUAACGGCCACCGGGUGUUCAGCUACACGCUGGGCAGCCACACGGCGGCCGCCUUCGCCAUCAUGAACGAGCUGCGGCAGGAGCGGCAGCUGUGUGACGUGACGCUGCGCGUGCGCUACAACGACCUGGACGCGGUGGACUUUGUGGCGCACAAGGUGGUGCUGGCAUCCUCCUCGCCCGUGUUCAGGGCCAUGUUCACCAACGGCCUGAAGGAGUGCGGCAAGGAGGUGGUGCCCAUCGAGGGGAUCCAUCCCAGGGUGAUGGAAAGGCUGAUCGAGUUUGCCUACACUGCCAGCAUCUCUGUGGGGGAGAAGUGUGUGAUCCACAUCAUGAACGGUGCGGUCAUGUACCAGAUCGACAGCGUGGUCAAGGCCUGCUGCGACUUCCUGGUGCAGCAGCUGGACCCCAGCAACGCCAUCGGCAUCGCCAACUUUGCCGAGCAGAUCAGCUGCACGGAGCUGCACCAGAAGGCCAGGGAGUACAUCUAUAUGAAUUUCAGCCAGGUGGCCACCCAGGAGGAGUUCUUCAACCUGUCCCACUGCCAGCUGGUCACCCUCAUCAGCCGGGACGAGCUCAACGUGCGCUGCGAGUCGGAGGUGUUCCACGCGUGCGUGGCGUGGGUGCGCUAUGACCAGGAGAACCGCCGGCCCUACGUGCAGGCCCUGCUGCAGGCCGUGCGCUGCCACUCCCUCACCCCCAACUUCCUGCAGACCCAGCUGCAGUCCCUGGACUGGGACUGGGACCCGCAGUGCAAGGACUACCUGGCCCAGAUCUUCCAGGACCUCACCCUCCACAAGCCCACCAAGCUCAACUCCUGCCGGACCCCCAAGGUGCCACAGCUCAUCUACACGGCGGGGGGCUACUUCAGGCAGUCGCUCAGCUACCUGGAGGCGUACAACCCCUGCACGGGGGCGUGGCUGCGGCUGGCUGACCUGCAGGUGCCCCGCAGCGGGCUGGCGGCGUGCGUCAUCAGCGGGCUGUUCUACGCCGUGGGCGGCCGGAACAACGCGCCCGACGGCAACAUGGACUCCAACACGCUGGACUGCUACAACCCCAUGAACAACUGCUGGCUGCCCUGUGCGCCCAUGAGCGUGCCCCGCAACCGCAUCGGCGUGGGCGUGAUCGACGGGCUGAUCUACGCCGUGGGCGGGUCCCACGGCUGCAUCCACCACAACAGCGUGGAGAGGUAUGACCCUGAGAGGGACCAGUGGCAGCUGGUGGCACCGAUGAUGUCGCGGCGCAUCGGGGUGGGCGUCACGGUCAUCAACAGGCUGCUGUACGCCGUUGGGGGCUUCGACGGCACCCACCGCCUCAGCUCCUCAGAGUGCUACGACCCCGACCGGGACGAGUGGAGUCCCAUGUCCUCGAUGCACACGGUCCGCUCCGGAGCAGGUGUGUGUGCGCUGGGCAACCGCAUCUACGUGAUGGGCGGCUACGACGGCACCAACCAGCUGAACACGGUGGAGUGCUACGAGGUGGAGACGGACAGCUGGAGCCUCGCUGCGUCCAUGAGGCACCGACGUAGCGCGCUCGGGGUCACCGCGCACCACGGACGCAUCUACGUCCUGGGCGGCUACGACGGCAACACGUUCCUGGACAGCGUGGAGCGCUACGACCCUGAGACGGACUCUUGGUCCGAGGUCACCCUAAUGACCUCCGGGCGCAGCGGGGUGGGUGUGGCCGUCACCAUGGAGCCCUGCCAGAAGGACCUCCAGACGUCUCCGCGAGCGGAGCGUGACGGGGGCUCGGCGUCCCCGCCCGUUCACCACCCCCCCUCCUCCUCCUCCUCUUCUUCCGCCUCCUCCACGUCGUCCUCUUCCUCCCAGAGACACAGCGACCUCCCUGAGAGGAACACGUGAGGGCAGGGGGGGGCGGUCUUCUCCUGGAGCUCCUGUCUCAUCUCUUUCUCAGUCUUCCUCCACCAAAAACCUGCAAAAAACAAACAAUCACAGAUGUGCUGGAUCGGCCUCCUCACCUUUAAUCUGGGUGAGGAUUUACAGUAAAAAAAGAUUCUAUACAGUGUCUCUUUGUUUAGUUUUUUGGACCAAUUUGUCAUUUAAUGGUAAACAGUUCAGUGGGAAUCGGCCACAGAACAAUUUGUGUGUGUGUGUGUGUGCGUGUGUGUGUGAUUGGACCAAUGACUCCCCUGUUUUACCUAAUGGGAGAUAGGGCUGUGUGCUCUGAAGGGCCAUUCAUUGGCUCAGGGCUGCACCAACAGCCAAGAAUUAAUUUUAUAUUUCAUAACCAGCUGUGCGUAAAAACCAAAAUACAUGGAGGAAAACUAUUUCAUAAAAUCUAUUAUUUAUAAGGAGGGUGAGAUGGGGGAUCCAUGAUAUCAUUAAGUUAGUAUCAGACAGCACAAAGCCGUUUUCCACGGCUGUAGGCUUCACUAGUCUUCAGAUUUUGUUUCUUUGGGGUGCCGGACUUGGAUCCUGCCUGGAACCCUGUAUUCUGAUUAGUGGAAAAACAGUGUACGAAAAUCCUAAAUCUCUGGCCCUAUCAAAAUGACGUCACAGGCUUUUUUUUAAGCAAAAGGAAAUCUGUUGCGUUUUUUUCAAAGUUUUGCAUCCACACGCCAAGGUUUUCAAACUUAUCCUCGUCAACAAGGAAACGCAACAAUUACAAUUACAAUUAGGGCAUUUGGCAGACGCUUUUAUCCAAAGCGACUUACAUCGGUUAAUACACACCGACAGCAGAGUCAACCAUGCAAGGCGACAGCCAGCUCGUCAGGAGCAGUUAGGGUUAAGUUUCUUGCUCAGGGACACAUCAACAAUCAGUUAGGAGGAGCUGGGGAUUGAACUAGCAACCUCUCGGUUACAAGCAACGAGGUUGCAACGAGUGAAAGGGUGUAGUAAAUAUUUCAGGCAAGUAGUUGGCGGUGUAACCUUUCUGCUUAGAUAUGCAAAAAAACGUCCACAAGCCUGUUUUAAAUGGCUUUCUACCCCAACGUACCGUCAUGGUUUGCUAUAAGCUACGUUUUCGCCCCACGGCUGCGUUUUAAAAAAGCUUAUCUCUGGAAGACUGAUUUCAGGCAUAAAAACCCUCUUAUGUCAUGUGGAUGCAAGGCAAACCCGCAGCAUAACUUCUUCGUUUUUAAAAACCUCUGGCGUCGUAUGGAUGGGCCUUAAAACAAAUCUACCAUGAAAAAUACAAAUCAAAUGAUUGGACGUGAAUCAAGGGAAAUAGAAAUAUCCCAACUCAUAAAUUGAUAAUGGAGUUGUUGGUCUAUUCUAAAAUACUGUACGUUUUGUUGGUUGUUUAAUUUGGAAGUCUGUAGUGGGGAAAUAAUGUAGCAUUUGGUUCACAGGACACCUUUUCCAGACAACAAGAGAACCAAUAAUUAUAGAUUCUGGACAAGGUGAAUCCCACCACAUCUGGACCCAGAACGGAAACUAUGGGACACUUUUGUUAGCCAAACCUCAGAAGCUCAACACGUUAUGUAGUCUGAAAUUAAAAUUGUGGGAAAUAAAACUUGUAACAGCAUUUAAGCUACAAAAAGUUUAUAAUAAAUGUUUUUGUACAUUGAUUUUCAGUCUUCUACACAAUUUAGGUUGCGAUUUUGUUUUAAUUUAUUUGUUCUGACUCUUUGAUUUUUCUUGACCUAAACUGACAACUUUGUAUUGAGUAGGAACGCAGUUUCGUUCAAACUAACUAGCAUGUGUUAUAACUACCAGGAAGGUCUGUGAUAAGAGUUUUAAACAUUUGUAAAAAACUUUGUUUGAUUUGAAAGGGAUUUUCUUUUCCCGUGUCAGUAGUUGGAAUGAAAGAACACAAUAUUUAAUGUCUGCUUUGUAAAUUUUUCAGCAAACCAUUCUCUGUAAUAAAAAAAGUACAUCGUGGAACAACAGUGUUUAUUGUACGCUUUUGCUGGAGCAUUUGCCUACUAUGACUCACUAGGGCUACCUUAAUCUAUUACUUAAAUAUCUCAAACUUAAACGUACGUCUGAAUAUUGCCACAAGAUGGCGCAUGAGCUCCACUUUUUGAAAGUGUCGUUCGACUACGUCAGUAAUAGCUCUCAGGUAAUAAACUGAAAGCAAAUUAAUCAAUUUCGCUCCUGUUAUAAAACCAACUUAAAAUACAUUUCUUGAAGUUAUACACGAUUCAGAGCAUGUCUUUAGAACCUGUCACAAGAACAGGUAACUUGUUUUGCAGAUGGGUAAAUCCCUAACUUGUGAAUAACUAGAAAACAACAUUAUGUAAACCUUCAGACCGAAACUAAACGUAUACUUAACAGUGAGGCUGUACAGGUGGCGGGCCUAUUUCUAUUUCAAACCGACUGCAGUAAUAAUCUGUUUCGCACCGUCAAAAUAACUGGAUAUAUUAAGGCUUUAAAUAAUAACAUACCACGACCAUUUCUGGACAAUGACGAUGAAUAGUAAAUGCUCUUCAUAUAUACCCCAUCUGAAGAGCUCCCGCAGACUAGACGGGCGCAUGUUUGAACCGCGGAAGGUUACCGACUUGCAUGCAAUCCAGUGUGGUUCUCCAGUCACAGUCAGCUUCAUUUGAAACAAUACCAAGAAGAAACUGCAACACCUGCCUAUUAUGCGCCUCCCAGUCAUUGAAAAGUUGGUAGAGUUACAACUUUUGUAGAAGCUCAAAGUAUUUUCUUCCCUACCAGACACCUGUGAAUCGUCACAGGACGUUGGUAAGUUAUCUUGACCAAACUUUCUUUACGGUUUUCACAGUCAACUUAGUUUAAAUUAAUUCGAUCGAUUAAUGCUGGAUUUAAACUAAUUUAUAAACCCACAUUGCGUUUAUAUCGCAGCCGCAAGUAAACACGCAGGUGCGAUCAUUGCACUAUCGUUAAAGAUAUGGUUAACACAGUUCAAACUAUUCAAGCCUUCAACAAACAAACUAUUGUACACUUAUCUGAGAUUCACUUCUACCCCAAAAGUGUUGUCAAAUGGCACUGAACUCACUCAGUCUUUGUGAUUUAAACGUAGUUUGUUGUUUAUUAUGUUGGCUAUUAACGUUAUCUAAAAGUUAAAUGGUCGACUAAAGUUUGCCAUUUUACGACAUGAUAAGCUUCAUUCAAAGCCCUAGAAGUUUUUUCUCAUGGACGUUUAUUGUGAUCGUUGUUGUAUAACUUGUUCUUCCAGUUUGUCUCUUCUGUCUGUGGUAGCCUAUGUAUUCAGUUUCAGACCUACAGGAAGCCAUCCAGGUGUAUUCCUUUUAAGGGGGCAAAGUCAAAUAUUUCCGGUUUUCCGCUAAUCUCGAUUUACAAAAAACAUUUUUAUAUAUUUGUUUACAUAGCGACAUCUUCGA